AUUUCCUGUAAGGCAUGCGCAUCGAAUAGCUGUGCAGAAAAAUAAACAUUCCUUCAGCUCAAAAUGGCUUCUAAUAUGAAACGAAUUUUCAGCUUGCCUGAAAGGGCUCAUGGACAAGGCCGUGUAGUUUAUUCCUGGCAGAGGACUCAAGGAAACUUUCUGGCCACUACAGGGGCUGAUAGUACAGCUAAAAUUUAUGAUCGCCAUGGAGAUUUAAGAGGAAGUGUUACCCUCCCAGGUCGUUGUACUGCAUUAGAUUGGGAUAAAGAUGGAGACUUGCUAGCACUGGUCUGUGAAAACUCCCCUAUGAUUUACCUGUGGGAAACAAGUUCAGAGAAGUUUGUUCCAAUUGACAGUGGGCUCAAGGAUGGAAUGACAUUUUUAUUAUGGUCCAAAACUGGUUCUUACCUAGCCAUUGGAACAGUAAAAGGGAAUCUUCUCUUGUAUAACCAUCAAACCUCAAAAAAAAAUAUUGUGAUUGGUAAACAUACCAAAAAAAUCACCUGUGGGGCGUGGAGCGCAGAAAACCUGUUGGCUCUGGGGAGCGAGGACAAGACACUGAGCAUCAGCAAUGUGGAUGGUGACACCCUGAGGCAGACCCCACUGAGGGGCGAUCCCACAGAUCUGGAAUUUUCUGAGAUGAAAGGGGAUGAGAGAAGUUCAAUCGGAGAAAACACAGUCAGUGUAAAUGUUGCUAACAAGACUUUAUUCCUUUUUAACAUCAACGACCCAGACAACCCUAUAGAAUUGGCAUUUCAACAAAAAUAUGGAUCUAUUAUAGCUUAUAAGUGGUUUGGAGAUGGUUACAUCCUCAUUGGUUUCUCACAAGGCUAUUUUGUGGUCAUCUCAACCCACCUGAAAGAAAUUGGUCAGGAAUGUUUCCAAGCUCGCAACCAUAAAAACAACCUGACGAGCAUAGCUAUUUCAACCGCUCUAGGUAAAGCAGCAUCGUGUGGGGACAACUGCAUUAAAAUCCAUGACUUGAGCGACCUGAAAGAAAUGUAUGCCAUCAUCACCCUGGACGAGGAGAAAAGUCUGGACAAGAUUGCCUGGAGUGAUGAUGGUCAGCUUCUGGCUGUGUCCACCCCAAGAGGUGGUUUACAUGUCUACCUGGCACGUCUGCCAAUGCUGGCCUGUGUCAACAACACCCGGGUGGCCUAUCUCACCUCAUUGCUGGAGGUCACGGUGGAGGAUCACAUUGCACAGGAUCCACCAGUGAGUGUUCAGGUUGAAGUGGAGCCAUCUUUUGUUGGUGUUGGACCUUAUCACCUGGGCGUUGGCAUGAACAAUAGAGCCUGGUUUUACCUGUUUGGGGAGACAGGUCUGGUGUUGCUGAAAGAAAGCAAAGAAUAUCUUGGAACAGUCCAGUCCAUGAGCAUGAAUUCAGACUAUGCAGCUGUCAGUUUUGAGGGCAAAGUUCAACUUCAUAUGAUUGAAGGGGAGGGAACUGGUGCUAGUGAUGAGAAAGAAUCUCGGCUUUUCCCAGACUCUGAUCAGAAAAACUGCAAGAUUACCUCCCAUGCUAUGACUAAUGAAUUUCUCAUCUUUUCUACAAAUAUUGGUGGCAUCCACUACUUUUACAUUGAAGAUUUUAAUUAUGUGGUGGAACAUCGUCAUGUGACUGGCAUCCGCAAGAUUUUCCCUGACACAAGUGGGGCCCAUCUUGUGUUCCUGGAUGAGAAGAGUGAUGGAUAUGUCUACAACUCUGCUGAUGACACAGUGAUAGGUAUCAGUGACUUGUCCCCUACAGUUCAAGGUGUGCUGUGGGAGAACUGGCUUCCUGAUAAGGGCGUCUUUAUGGCCUAUGAUAAUGAGAAGAUGUACACCUACAUUUAUUCUAUGGAUUCAGUUAAAGGAAGUCAUGUGUCAUUUGUUGGGGCAAGCAAGUUACCAUAUGGCCAGAUUCCUGUGUUGUUGUACAAUGGGGAGGUUACUCUGCAAACAGCUAGUGGGAAAAUGGCUAACCUCCUCCUGAACACACAUGCUCAUGUCUUCAAUGAAAAUCCAAAUCAACUGUCUCUCAAUGAUUGUAAAGUUGCAGCCAAACAGUGCAUCAGUCUUAAAAGGUUCAAAGAUGCCUGGGUGUUUUGUGCUCUGAUAAAGAAGGAUGACAUGUGGAAAGAACUUGGGAAAGCGGCUUUACAAAAUCUGGAUCUUGAUUUUGCAAUUCGAGUGUACAGACAUAUAGGUGAUGUGGGUAUGGUGUCCUCACUACAGAAGAUUCAGGCUAUUGAAGACAAAAACCAGCUGUCUGGGUACAUCGCUAUGUUCCUGGGGGAGUUUAACCUGGCUCAAGACUUGUUUCUGGCAUCCCAGCAUCCACUGGCAGCCCUAGAGAUGCGUAGAGACCUGCUCCACUGGGACAGCGCCCUACAGCUGGCCAAAGCCCUGGCCCCCGAGCAGAUCCCCUACAUCUCCAGGGAGUACGCUCAGCAGCUGGAGUUCACAGGGGACUACAUCAACGCCUUGUCCCACUACGAGAAGGGGAUCACCAAAAAUGAAGCGGAGCGCGACCACGAUGAAGUCUGUGCUGCUGGUAUAGCCCGCAUGUCUAUAAGGGUGGGGGAUAUCAGAAGAGGUGUCUCCAUGGCAACCAAGAUGCCCAGCAAGAUUUUAAAGAAGGAAUGUGCUGGCAUUUUGGAAAGCAUGAAGCAAUGGUCUGAUGCGGCUGUGCUGUAUGAACAAGGACAGUACUAUGACAAGGCUGCCUCGGUGUACAUCCGUGGCAAGAACUGGUCAAAGGUCGGAGAGCUACUGAACAAGAUCACAUCACCCAAAAUCCACGCCCAGUACGCUAAAGCUAAAGAAGCAGACGGCAGGUACAAAGAGGCUGCCGAGGCUUAUAAGCUGGCCAAGGAAUGGGAUAAUGUUAUAAGGAUAAAUUUAGAUCACCUUCAGAACCCAGAGGAGGCUGUGAAAAUUGUCAGGGAGACCCAGUCAGUGGAGGGAGCCAAGAUGGUUGCCAAAUUUUUUCAACGUUUGAAUGAUUACGGGUCAGCCAUUCAAUUCCUCGUCAUGUCUCACUGCAACGAUGAAGCUUUUCAGUUGGCUCAACAACAUCGACAGAUGGAGAUAUAUGCUGAUAUCAUUGGUGCUGAUGCCACUGUUGAAGACUACCACAGUAUCGCAGUAUUCUUUGAGGCUGAGAAGAAUCAUUUUAUGGCCGGGAAAUUCUUUUUGUUGAGUGGACAAUACACCAAGGCCAUGAAACAUUUUCUCAAAUGUAACCCUGAGGAUGGCCAGGCCAUUGAACUGGCCAUUGAAACUGUUGGCCGAGCUAAUGACGACAUACUGACCAAACAGCUGGUUGAUUUUCUUAUGGGAGAUGUGGAUGGCACCCCUAAGGAUGCUAAAUAUUUGUUCCGACUGUACAUGGCCUUGAAGAAGUACGGUGAGGCAGCAAGAACAGCCAUUAUCAUAGCUAGGGAGGAGCAGAAUGCUGGCAACUACCGCAAUGCUCAUGAUGUUUUGUUCAGCAUGUUCCAGGAGCUCAAAGAAAACAAAAUCAAAAUUCCUUCAGAGAUGGCGUCAAACUUGAUGAUUUUACACAGCUAUAUACUGGUCAAGAUCCAUGUUAAAAAAGGUGACCAUCUUAAAGGAGCCAGGAUGUUGAUCCGGGUUGCCAACAACAUCAGCAAAUUUCCUUCUCAUAUAGUUCCUAUAUUAACCUCCACUGUCAUAGAGUGCCAUAGGGCAGGCUUGAAGAACUCCUCCUUCAGCUACGCGGCCAUGCUGAUGAGGCCUGAGUACAGAAACGACAUUGACGUCAAGUACAAGCGCAAGAUUGAAAUGAUUGUCAGGAAGCCCGAGAGAACAGAGGAGGAAGAACCUUUGACCCCUUGCCCUUUCUGCGGCUUCCAGAUACCCGAGACUGAGCUCUUGUGUCCUGAUUGUAAAAACAACAUUCCCUACUGUAUAAUCACUGGUCGCCAUGUUUUGAAAGAUGACUUCACUGCCUGCCCUAACUGUGACUUCCCUGCCAUCUAUACAGAAUUCCUUAAGAUGUGUGAGACAGAAGAGACCUGCCCCAUGUGCAGUGAAAAGGUCAGUCAGGAGAAGAUCCAGAAGGUCAUUGACCCACACAAGUACAUGUUUCCUGAGUCAGAUACACUGAAAGAAGAGCCCUAAUUACAGACACGAAGUAGAGCACUAAUCAAUUACAGACAAUUACAAUUAGAGGAGAUCCCUAAUUACAGACACUGAAAAUUCUGGAUGUCAUCAAUAUCUUAUUUAUAAAACUCGUACUAAUUUUUUUUUUUUUUCAAAAAAUUGUAGUUCAUGUUUUUAUAUUCACCACACAUUGAAUCCAUCCUGCCUAUGAUCAAGUGCCCUUCAUCAGAAGAACAAAUGAAUAAGAUUUAUUUUACCUUAUUCCCAUCAACAUUUAGGCGACAUUUUAAGUUGCCAAAUAGAUCUCAUAAACGUUUAAGUAAAAACACCAAUCAGACAUUUCAGUAAGAUUAUAUGUUUAAAGCUUCUGUGAUAAAUCAUUUUAUUGUUUCAUUCAAGUCCCAGGAUGAUUGUCAUGUUUAAAUUUGACAUUUAUUUACCACUUGGGCAUGUUUAUUUAUUUUAUUCAUUAAUUGUCAGAGAAUCCCUCCAGCAAAUGUAAGCAUAUAAACCAAGAUAUCGGCCAUGUUUGUGAAAGAAAAUAUUUUAAUGUUUUGUACAAGUGGAACAUGUUUUGCAGCGCACACUUUUUCUAUUUUGUAAUUUUUUGUUGCAGAAAUAAAAUAUUUCACACCGU